AUCGCGUAUAAGAGAGGUCGAUGGUCGCUUAUUGACUCUAAACGCAAAGAUUGAUUCGUGAAUAUUAGUUGUAUACAUCGGAUAGUGGAAAAAUUGAGCAUCUUAGGUGUUAGUAAAGUGUAUGAUUGAUUCAUUGAAAAACUCGAAUUAAAUUGGAUAUUUUUAAGGAUUGGAAAAAUGUUGCUAAAGCUUCUGACGAGCCUCGCAACCCUACUGGUCAUCGCCUGUUCCCAAGAAGUAACCAAAGUUCAAAAAGAGGAUGCCAAGUUUCCAAAUGAACCUCAAGUACUUGUGGCUACACCUCUAACAUCAGCCCCCCAAAACGGGAAAGUACCUAAGGAAAUUAAAGAGUUUUUUGCCAGACAACAGUUUCAGCCCGAUGUAUAUGGUUUGACCUAUUUACAACCGCAGUAUCAAAGUCCCAGGGUUCAACCGCAAAUCCUCCUCUACGGAGGUCAAGGACAGCCCAUCCUAAUUAAUCCAGGUAACCCUCCAGGUAACUUCCUGAUACCCCAAGGACCAGGACCGAACGUUAUUCUACGAAAUAACCCACAAGGUCCCCAAGGAGCCGUUUUCCCCGUAGCAGGGUAUCCGAAACCAGCCCAUAUACCACCGAUUGAAAAAGAUGCCGAAGAGGUGCCCACCAAUCCUGCCGAGAUACCUCCUUUAUCGAGUGCCGUUAAGCCAACUACUAAACCCACAAAACCGGAAAAAAUAGAAACUUUUACCGAAGCCUCGAAUCAACCGGACCAAAAAUCACCAGGGGUUCCUCUUAAUCCACAAACCGUCAACCUGCAACCAGGCCAACGGUUUUUUAUCCUCAACGGCGACAACAUCUACCAGUUCCCUUUUGAGGGUCAGCCAGAGGUGCAGCAGGAAGGGUUCCCGCAAUACGUGAGAUACACAAACGCGCAACCGUUCCCCCAGGAACCUCCCAAGUUUCUGCAGCCAUUCCCUCAGGAACCUCCGCAGUAUUUGGGUAGCGGCGAGCAGAGUAAUGGUCAAUUUCCACUUUCCAUUCAAGACUUGAUCCUCCGAAACUCAUUCGUUGCCUCCGGACAGCCACAAACGCAGCAGCAACAUCCUCCUCAAGUGCAAACGUCCAUACAGCCAGACCAGAAGAUGGCCAAUGAAGUUCCGUUAAAAUCCAAUCAGCAGUACUUCCGGGCAGGUCCCUUGCCUAACUUUCAACAGUUUUCGACCCCCGAGGACUAUCAACCCGCUGGGUUUUACAUAUCCGGACAACCCCAAGGUCAAAGAACAGAAGAACCAAAAUCAGAUAUAAUCCAGCCCUCUAUAGUGGGACAAUUCAGGUUUACGCCAACAUCCGGGCCGCAACUGUACCAGUUUCAAGAGGAUUUAGAAAAUGACGCUAUAGUGGUGGAUGCGGCCUUCGAAGAUGCCCCCAGUCAGUUUGAUCGAAGAGCAGAAGGAAUAAAAGAGGAAGAAAACGUUAGCGGUACCUCCGAAUCGCCAACUUCGGGAGAACCCAGUAUGGCCCAGGCUGGACCUCAUGCCACAGCGAUAGCAGGACCCGGAGGAGUUGCGGGUUCUGCCCCAAGAGGGACAGCUAUAGUAGGCAAAGGUGGUUUAGCCGUAUCCAGUCCCCAAGCGACUGCCGUGGCCGGCACGAAAGAUGAGGAAAAGAAGAAGAAAGUGAAAAAAGAGCCCUAAGUCGAUAAAUCGAAUUUUGUAUAUAGGUUAGUUUUAAGAAUAUAGACGUGGAUAAUAUAGGGAAAAGUAAUCAUUUGAAGCUCUACUUCUUAAAUGGUUGUUUAUGUUUAUGGCUCAUAAUAUAACAUUUUAAAUAGGAAAUAA